AGCCUGAUGACCAUCUAACAGUAGCCCAGUCACUAAAGAAGGAAUUUGAUAACCCUGAAACUGCAGACCUGAAGUUUCUAGUGGAUGGAAAAUAUAUUCAUGUUCAUAAAGUUCUUCUCAAAAUUAGGUGUGAACAUUUUCGUUCCAUACUGAGUAACGACGAUGAAAUUAUAGAAAUGAGUGAAUUUUCUUAUCCUGUUUACCGAGCCUUCCUGGAAUAUUUGUAUACAGACAACAUUAGGCUCCCUCCUGAAGAUGCAAUAGGACUGCUAGAUUUGGCAACACUGUAUAGAGAAAACAGAUUGAAAAAGCUUUGCCAGCAAACAAUCAAACAAGGCAUUUGUGAAGAGAAUGCCAUUGCUCUUCUUUCCGCCGCUGUCAAAUAUGAAGCUCAGGACUUGGAAGAAUUUUGCUUCAGAUUUUGCAUAAACCAUUUAACUGUUGUUACACAAACUCAAGGCUUUGCAGAAAUGGACCACGACCUCCUGAAAAACUUCAUUAGCAAAGCAAGCAGAGUGGGAGCAUUCCGAAAUUGA